UCUGUUCCAAAUUAUUUCAUAAAUAAUUAGCUUUAGUAGUUAUCGCUUGCUGGUCGAGUUUUUACGAUGGAUUCAGAUUCUGAGACAGAAUCAUUUAGCCGUAAAGUUUCAGGGCUACCACCUGCAGAAAAGUUUCGAGAAGUUGAACCGCUGACUCCAAGAAGGUUGGCAAGAAAUAGAACAAAACCAAAGAGAUAUGGGGAGUUCUUGGAACUGUCACCAGUUAAACGUAAAAUGUGUGUAGAAGUUGAGAGUUCAGAUGAGGAAGUAGAGGGUGUAGAUAAACAAAGACCUACAGCAUUAUUUGGGGCUGACGAUGUUGAUGGGCAGGAUAUAUUCAAAUUUAAAUCCCGACAUACUAAACAUGAUUUGCACAACAAGGUAAAAGAGGCGAUAAUAAAUUCCCCAACACCACAAACUACCAUCAAAAAUAUUAAAAUAAACCUCAAAGAAUUGGCUACACCUAAACAAGUUGUAAACAAGUUCAAAAAGAGAAUAAUGCAAGAGGUGGAGAGUGAUAGUGCUGAAAGUGAUUUCUCUGGCAGCAGCAGUGAUUUUGUACCUGACAAAAGUGAUGAGGAGAGUGAAUCAUCUCAGUCUGGAUCUGAAGAAGAGACAGAGGAACAGGUUGUUCAAAAUCCCACAAAACUGAAAACAGCAGCUGCAGUUAACAGGAGAGGCCGACAGAAAGACUCUGAAUACUUUGUGACCCCUGAUAACUACUUCAUGAUGAACUCUAGUAAAAAGAUAACAACCUCAGACCACACACUAUCCAGAUUAAAGAACCUCAAUCUCGAUGAUAACAUGCAGAAAAUUGACAUGUCUAGCGAGCACAAACUUAGAAUAAGUGAAUUAGUUCAAACAUACGAGGAUCUCUUCGACAAAUGGCUGUACGUUCUCAGCGAAGACUUUAACAUUGUACUGUAUGGAAUAGGAUCGAAACGCACAAUUUUACAGAAGUUCCAAAACGAUCGCCUCCAGAACUAUCCGUGUAUAGUUGUUAACGGAUUCUUCCCGAGUCUGACUAUGAAGAAUAUUCUGGAGGCAAUAAUUAUAGAUUUACUAGAAAAUACUCAUGUGCCAACGACAGUUGGAGAUAUUGUUAAUUUAAUUGAUACACAGCUGAAGGAAAAUAAUGUAGAGGUGUUUCUCAUCAUUCACAAUAUUGAUGGACCGAUGCUAAGGAGCAGCAAAUCUCAGGCUCUACUGGCGAAUAUAUCGCAAAUCAAAAAUAUUCAUACUAUAGCAACUAUAGACCACAUAAAUGCACCACUCUUAUGGGACCACACGAAGCUGAGCAAGUUCCGUUUCACAUGGUGGGACACGAGUACAUUCCUGCCGUACGUCGCUGAGACGUCUUACGAGAGCGCACUGCUGUCACACCGCGCGGCCGCGCUGCAGCUGUCCUCGCUGCGCAGCGUGCACAAGUCCCUCACCGCCAACGCCAAGGGUAUCUUCAAGGUCAUCGCGGAAUAUCAACUAGAGCACCAAAAGCAAGCUCACUAUACAGGUCUACCUUUCAAGGAUCUGUAUUCAAAAGCUCGUGAACAGUUUCUUGUCAGCUCAGACCUCGCUCUCAGGGCUCAACUUACGGAGUUCUUGGACCAUAAGUUGGUAAAAUACAAACGAACUUACGACGGAGGUGAAAAUCUCGUCAUACCAAUUGAAAGUGCUUUGUUACAACAGUUUUUAGAACAACAAAGCAUUUAAAAAAGCAGCGAAGUGUAAUCAUGUUUUUUUAUUUUUGUUAGUGGUAUGAAAUAUCUUACGCCUAG